AUGGACGACACGCCGGCACGACUCGACGACACCACGGAGCGGCGCAGCGCCGGCUACAAGUCGUGGAAGAAAAAGUACCGCAAGAUGCGCAUCCGAUUCGACCGCAAGAUGGAGGAGAGCGACGAGCUCCACAAGCAGGAGGACAAGGCCUCGGCGACGAUGAAGCGUCUGGCGAUCGAGAACGACCGCCUCCUCGACGUGCUGCUUGAGAUCAAUUCCUCCCUCCAGAUCCCUCCGGAGAAGCGCAUCGACCUGUCUCUCGAGCCGUCGGCUGAUCCGAAAGUGCCCACUCUCCCGCUCGACCGUCACAGGCACCACCAUAGAAAGCAGCAAUCGGAGGCUAUGAAGCGCUUCGAGCAGCUCCUCCUCGACGUCCCCCACUCCUCGUACGCCGCCACGAAGGAGACGUGCCCGUCGAGCCUCGUCGACCUUGCCGCUCCCAAGGGUGAUCUCUAUCCGGCACCCUUCCUCACGGCCGACGACAUCGACAACUACAUGCACGCCAUCGAUGUCGCCGUCGAACCGGACGCCCACAUGCCCACGCUCGCACCCGGCGCUCACCCUCAGGCCAACCCAACGCCGCACCCGCAUCUCAAGAACCCGACGAGCUCCCGCGGCACAAAGGCCGACCGCGGCGGCAAGGCGAGCGUCAAGGGCAAGAAGGCCGCCGCCCGCCUUGCCGCCGAUCGCGAACGCGCCGCCGACUGGGACGCCAGCAUGGACGAGGACCCCGACAUGGGCUCCACGCCUGCCGUCCGCGGCAAGCGCAAGCGGGACGAUGACGGUGGCUAUCGCCCCGGCGGCUCGACGACGCGGCCGACGAAGAAGAAGCGGAAGAGCGAGGGCGGCGACGGCACGCCGACCGUUCGCCGGUCCAAGAAGGAUAAGGAGUCCUUGUCGGGUUCCAAGGACAACUGA